CCAAAGAUCACUGGUAAUUUCAAGGCUCAAAAACGUAAAGGGAGAAAAGAAGAAGACGAGUUCAACACAAUUAUAAGCGAAAAAUGGCGCUGCAAUGGAUGAUUCUGGCCUACGUCGUGGCAGCUGAGGCAGCGAUCGCGGUUAUCCUCACGCUACCGGCGCCCAAAGCGAUACAGUCGCGAAUUUCAUCGCUCAUAUCGCGUAUUGUGCAGCCAUCGCUAUUCAUCGUACCCUUCUCCGCCUUUCAGCUCCUAGAUAUAUACUGGAAGAGUGAGCAUCGCCUGAAAUGUAGUGGCGAGACCUGCACUGCGGCUGAGAGGAGUCGUUAUGAGAGAGCGUUCUUCAAGGCUCAGAGAAAUGUGAUCUUGUGUUUAGCUGCAUGCUUCCUUUACUGGUGUAUCUACCGCAUCUGCAGUUAUCACAAGGAGAUUGAACGCUUGGAGGAAGUGGAGAAGAGAGAGAAGAAGGAUUAAAUAAAAAAACGGUAGCUUUGCUAUACAAAACUUUUUCAUGACGGCUCUUGUUUCCUCUGUUCAUGUGAUUGUUAUGGCUGUUUGAGUUGUGUAUGCUCGGAACUCGUUGUUGUUGGGAUCAUAUGUGUAUCUGUAAUAUCGUAAACAUAACUAGUUUGAUCACUAAAAAUUUCCCUGCCGAUACAGAUAUAUAAAUUCGUGGUUCACGCU